CCGCCAACGAGCGCAGCUGCUCUAUCAGCUAGUCCCCCAGAAACCUAAUACCAUGUCGAGAGUUUUUCGGCGAACUCUCCGUACUGCAUUUGCAUCCACGUUCUGCAAAUGUGGGAGAAAAGACGCACUCCACCAGAGUGGGGAUAGCAGCUCCACGGUUGUUUAGGGCAGCAAUCCGCGCGCAAGUUGAUAGCUCCGAGAGCGAGUCUUCCACAGCUAUGCCUGACAAAAAGAACUCCAAGGAUAUCAUGCUGCCGUCCGGCCCUUGGGUCCCUGCGGAUGGUGGAGUUCGAGCCUGGCUGGUUGUCGUGUCCAGCGCCCUGAUCAAUGGUCUUAUUUUCGGCAUCAUCAACUCGUAUAGCGUCAUCUAUUUUGACCUGCAAAAAAAAUUGGAGGCAGACGGAAUUCCCGACUCUUCAUACAAAGCUUCCCUUGUGGGAUCGCUGACUAUCGGCGCAACUUUUGCGUUUUCCCCGGUGGCUGGCAUCUUGACGGACCGAUUUGGCCACCGACGAACCACCAUGAUCGGCGGAGCCUUGGCCGUCAUGGGUAUACUGGCCUCCUCCUUAGUCAUCAAAUAUGUCGAGGCGCUGUACUUAACAUAUGGGAUUUUGUUCGGACUUGGCGCCUCGCUCGCUUACACCCCGUCCCUGGCGAUUCUGGGCUACUACUUCAAGCGGAAGUUGGGCCUGGUCAAUGGAAUAGUGACUGCUGGCAGCUCUGUUUUCACCAUUAUCGUCCCGCUUGCGUUCGGGCAGUUAAUUCCGCACAUCGGACUCGAAUGGGUGCUGCGGUCUACCGCUUUCCUCAUGACCUUUAUCAUUUUUGCAGCCUUCUUAUUUAAGGUUCCGGCAGGCGCAAUAAUAAUUGAAGCUCAGAAAAAGGAUUCUAAGUGCCUCAACUUUGAAAUAUGGAAAAAUAAGCGAUAUGUGAUUUGGGCGAUCGCCAUCCCCGCUUCUCUUUUCGGUUAUUUUGUCCCAUAUGUGCACAUGGUAAAAUUCGUGGCGAUAAACUUCCCAAGCUCGGACGGAAAAAUUCUCGUCAUGUGCAUGGGGCUGACGUCUGGCAUAGGACGAAUCGUCUUUGGCAAGAUUGCAGACAUGAAGCAAGUAGACCGCAUCCUUCUGCAGCAGAUCUCAUUCGUGUCAAUUGGUACGUUAACAAUGUUACUGGUUGUCGCCCCUUCCUGGACGAUCAUGAUUCUAAUUGCAUUGGGCAUGGGCCUGUUCGACGGCUGCUUCAUCAGUCUGCUUGGUCCGAUUGCCUUUGAUUUGUGCGGUCCCGAGGGUGCGUCUCAAGCGAUCGGAUUUCUGCUUGGACUGUGCUCCAUCCCGCUCACCGUCGGACCUCCCGUCGCAGGCAAACUAUUCGACCACUUCCAUUCAUACACGGUGCCCUUCUUGCUGGCUGGAGGACCGCCAAUAAUCGGCGCUUUCGCACUCUUUGCUAUUAAGUGUGUCAAGGCUGAGGAGAAGAAUGCGCUAGAUAUUUCCCGGACGAAAUGUUAUAGUUUAUGAAAUUAGGUUAAAUAUUUACAAGAAUCUCGCUCAGGAAAAAAUUGGCGUGAGUAAUAUUUUUAGCAAAAAAGGUUUUCUCAAAAAGCGUGCUGUUUGAUCUCUGAAAAUGAAUUCCUAUAUAGUUCACAACACUUGCUGUGAAUAUUUUUGCGCACUUCGCAAGACCGAGUGAUGACUGGUACCAUAUUGAUUGGUUAUAUAAGACGUUAUUUAUUAUAAAUUAUUUAAGUUCCUGAUCAAAACCAAAAUAAAAAUUGAAAUUCACAAAUA